AUGAUCGCCUCGUCGGCCACAGCUCCUUCGUCGCCCAACAUCUCUGCCAAUGGACCGCAACCCCACGGGUCGGGGCGCUCCCACGAUGACCUCCUACCUCCCCCCGCAACCCCGGCGCUGGCGCACGCCCUCCGGUCGCUGCACGAGCUCGAUGUGAACGGGCAGGCCCUCGACAGGCCUGCGACGACCGCGUACGAUUCACCCUACAGCCGCAGCAUAGCGUCCACUGCCCCAGGAUCACCACGGAUUCCUCCGCUCCGCCAGAAUUCGGGCAACCACACUCCCCGAGUCCGGCCUCAUGCCACAACGCUCAACAUUCCAGGGAUGACGCGAUCAAAAGCCUCUCCUGACGGCCGGAUUCCCGAGAGAGAUGUCGCGGCCAAGCUCGUCAUUAUCAUGGUAGGCCUCCCAGCGCGGGGAAAGUCGUACAUCACCAAGAAGAUACAGCGAUAUCUGUCCUGGCAACAACAUAAUUCAAGGAUUUUCAAUGUCGGCAACCGCAGGCGUAUCGCGGCGGGCGUCGCCAAGCCCCAAAACGAAGCUGCUCCGGUUUCGGCCACCGAGCCCGAUGGACCGACCCAGGCGGCCACGAUCCUGCUGAAUGGCGCCCAGAACAUGCCAAACAUUACUGUAGAGGACGAGCCUACGAGGCUGGACCUCAACGGGUCGGCGGCCCGCUUGAAGCGUCAGCAACAGAUUGACCAGUCGGCCAAGUUCUUCGACCCCAAAAACGAAUCGGCGGCCAAGCUUCGGGAACAGGUCGCGCUUGACACGCUGGACGAGCUGCUCGACUACCUCCUCCACCGAGGCGGCGCCGUCGGUAUCCUCGACGCCACCAACAGCACGAUCCACAGGCGGCAGCUGCUCGUCAACCGCAUCAGGGAGAGAGAGCCGAAACUCGGCAUACUGUUCAUUGAGAGCAUAUGUCAUGAUGAGAAUCUCUUGGAAGCAAACAUGCGCCUGAAGUUGUCUGGACCGGAUUACAAGGACAAGGACCCGUGGAAGUCCCUCGAAGACUUCAAGCAGCGGGUCAAGGCGUACGAGAGCGCCUAUGAACCCCUGGGCGAGUACGAAGAGGAGCAUGAUUUGCAGUACAUCCAGAUGAUCGAUGUUGGGAGGAAGGUAGUCCAUCAUAGGCUGAAGGGCUUCCUAAGCGGCGGCAUCGCGUCGUAUCUAACAACGUUCAACCUGUCGCCGAGGCAGAUCUGGAUCACACGCCACGGGCAGAGCGUGGACAACCAGCUGCAGAAGCUUGGCGGCGACUCGGAGCUGACGGAGCGGGGCCACUAUUACGGCCAGGCCCUGUACCACUUCAUCACGCAGAAGCGCAAGGAGUGGCUGAUCGAUCAGAAGAACAAGAUUGCGAAAUCGACGUUCCCGCCGCAGCCGGGCGAUCACACGCCUCCCUACCCCGAGCUCAACCAGGAACUGGACGACAAGAACUUUUGCGUGUGGACUUCGAUGCUCAAGCGCAGCAUCGAGACGGCCGAGUAUUUCGACGCGGACGACGACUACGACGUCAAGGCAUGGGAGAUGCUCAACGAGCUCAACGCGGGCACGUUUGAGGGCAUGACGUACGACGAGAUUGCGCAAAAGUAUCCCGAAGAAUACCAGAAGCGCUCGCGCGACAAGCUCCAGUACAUCUACCCGGGCGUCGGCGGCGAGGGCUAUCUGCAGGUCAUCAGCCGGCUGCGCGACAUGGUGCGCGAGAUCGAGCGCAUCACGGACCACCUCCUCAUCAUCAGCCACCGCUCGGUGUGCCGCGUGCUCAUGGCCUACUUCAUGGACCUGACGCGCGACGACAUUGCCGACCUCGACGUGCCCCUCGGGAUCCUAUACGCCAUCGAGCCUAAGCCGUACGGCAUCGAGUUCCACGCGUACAAGUACAACGAGGAGCAGUCGUGGUUCGACGAGCUGCCCAACUACAAGCCGCAAAGAACGGUCGACCGAAACUCUUGA